GCCAGUCGGCAGGAGUUCAGUCGGUGCCAGUCCCGAAACGCGUUCACGUCUGGACAUCUUGCGGGGCUCGUUCUCAAAAAUGGCAACGAAUAUGUGCACCUGAUAGAGCAGUCCAUUCGCUAGCGAAAUCGACUCAGUUGAAACGGCACAGGGAACACGGGGCACAAUGAAUGGCUGACGGGACGUCACGCGGUUUUACGAACGGCUCGUUUGAACACCGGUCGUUGCCAAUCACUCGCUGGGGAAUACCCGGAAUCGUGGCUAUCGGGCGGCGUGAUUGUCGGUUCACGUUUCAAUAAUAUAUUAACGAGCCGCUAGCUUCCCGGCCGGGUUAAUAGUGGUACAUUGGAUGUUAGGCGAUUUCGAUGGCACACCCGUGACCAAUGCUCCCUCAGGACAAAGGUGGGAGAGGAAGACAGUGAUCUUACCUUAGAGGAUAAAGGGAAAGAGUAAUAUGGGAAAGGACGACAAGAGGCGCAUCGCGCAACGCAGUGACGCGGGCACAAAUCUCGUGGGAAAAUUUACACAAAGCGUCCGGAAGAUCGUUCAGGAUGUGAAGGACGAGGGAACAUCAAGUGGACAAACCAAGGAAGAGGUAAUUGAAACGAACAAAAGGUUAAGAAUUGUUAGGAUACGCUUAGAGGGUAGCUACGAGAUCGCGAAACGUGCUCUCGUUGAACUUAUGUGCAAAUACACAGACAGCAAGCAAGUUCGCAAUGUGUUUCAACGCUACAACCUUCUGAAAGUUAUGAUCAAGGACGUGAUUAAGUUAGAGACUCAAUACUGGACACUGGUCGACAUUCCGAAGCAGGAGAAACAGGAAACAGUGCCCGCGUUUGUCCUCCGCGCGUGCUCCAUCAUGGAGAAGACUCACAAAAGCGGCGAGGGUGUGAAAACCACUGCUCGAUUGGCAGAAGAAACGGAGAACAAACAACGUAUCGAGAGACUCGAAAGUAUGACGACGGCGCAGAUCGAGGCGGAGAACACGCAGCUGACUAAUGACCUCUAUAGACUGUUGAAGAGAUACACGGGCCUCAGAAAUCUGAUUCGAGAUCUAAAGGAGGAGUACAACAGUUCAAAAGUGUAUCCAAUCUUCCCACGUUACCCCAUAUUGAAGGACAUGAUAAAGGACAUCAUGCGCAACUCAAACUAUAUGGAGGUGUGCCACGAGGUAGACCAAGCAUAGCAGCCGGACCCCCUCCACCGUUCGCCACGCAUGACCAUGUAAUAUUUUGCCUCGGCGAAAUAUGAUCAGUGUGGCCGUCGGUGAAGGGGGUGAACCAAACAAUAGGAGCCCGAACGCCUCUCCUCACGGAUAUCCAAAUACAUAGGCUGACUAGCACUUUGACUGCCAUGUCGUCCAACUGCGGAUCACGCAGAGUUUGGUCCAGACCUAAGCAUUAAUCUUCGCGACAAGAUAAUAAGAGAUUAAAACUUGGCUAACGCACGGGAGACUCGAAUUCUUCAUUUCUUCUUAUUAACCCUUGUAUGCCCAACGAACCGAAAUCCUUGCGAGGUCCUUGAGACAAAACGACCUCAUACAUUGUAUCUAAGGUUCUGUGCGAGAUUAAAUUCAAGUUAACCCAUUGCACCGAGCUAUCUCCUUCAACUUGAAUAAUCACUUUUGAACGGACACGAAAGAUUGCUGGUGAUUAUUAUCUUUAAAUAGCUCCAACGUUAUGACAUUUUAUAUAUUAUUUGAAGCGUUGCUUAGGUUCACUUGCUGGUGAUCGAAAGUGUUGAAAUAUUAGUUCGCAUGUUUUUGGUGUAUUUAUUUAUUUACUUACAAAAAUUGUAGCGGUAUAGUCCCAGAUGGACCCCCUCCCUGGGCAUUCAAGGGUUAAUCAUUGCGAUAACGUUACGUAUUCGACAACCGGAUGGCAGUCAAACGUUAAAUCGACUCGGACCUAAUUUCUACGAAGCGAUUCAUUUCAAAUCUACGUGCUACGUUUGUACUGCAGGUUUUAUGCAAUUAUAGCGAUCCGUUGAAAAUUUCUAAGUCGAAAAGACAUUUGCGUUCCACAAACGUUCUGGUAAGUUGGUCUGUGAAGAUCUAUAUUUGCAUAAAGAUCCACAGUCCGGUUAUACUGUAACUUGAGAGAGAGAGAGAGAGAGAGAGAGAGAAUGUGUGAUUAGAAUGUAACCAGGACAUUUAUAAUUAAGAAACAGUAAUUCUAAUUGUUUAUAACUAAGGAGAGGGUUUUUUAGAACUCCCUUUUGUGUUGGAGCGAAGCCAAUAAUAUUUAAAACUGAUAGUUAGUCAUUUGGUAAUUCUGUUAUUUGGUGAUUCGAUAUUUGUUCGGAUUUCUAGCAUGCUCAUAGCGUAAUAAUCGCGACGAUUAAUUUUGUCUUUCCAUUUUCGCAGCCUUACGAAAAGUUUGGCGUUCGAACUAUGUUCAUAGUUUGGAAAAUGAUUUAAUCCUCAGCAUAUGAAGAAAAACGCUACCUGACAUUUCUCUGCGCGUCUUAUUAUCAACUCCGUUGAAUAAAAAUAGUUUUAAGUAAUACUUUACAAAAAUGAUAUUUAUCGACCGUUUUACCUGAAAUCGCUAAGAGUUAAGAAACAUUUUUGACUUUUGACAUGCGAAAGAAAAAUCAUUUUUGCACAAUGUAUUCAAGUUUCAUCAACUCUUAGGUGCAGAUUUUGGUUCCUAUACUGUGAAACCGUCGCAAAACGGAAAUACCAAGUAACAGAAGUCAGCGCCAACAUAAAGGAGACCCGAUCGAUCACCUUAGUUUCUGAUCUCGAUCAGAAUAGCCGCUUGCACGUUGAAACACAAAACACAAAGCUGUACCGGUGCGGACCGCACGGUAUCCUUAAGGCAGCUAACGUUGUUCGUAAAAGGAAGGUAACAUCCGAGUAUAUUAGAGUCGUAAUUUUAAUGUGUGCGUUGGUGUAAAAAUAUGUGUGUGCAUGUGUGAAGAUGAAACUGUAUUGCGAGUACAUACGUCUGUACCUUUCGUUCGAAGAUGGACCCUGUCGUAACAGAGAUGACGACUCGAGUAAUUGAACAUCGAAACUUUUUCUGCUAUGGUUAAAGUUUGGAUGAGCAGAAUGCGUUGCUAGAAUUGAACGUGACACUCUGUAUACAAUAGUAUCUUAUUUCACAAACGUUCACAGAAAAUAAAUACACUUAUUGUUUAUUGUACGCAUUUAUAAAAACAAUGUGAAAUAUGAAACAUUAGGAAGAUUAAAAGCAUUUAUUAUAAGGUCAACUAUACUGAUUUGCAGAAAGAUGUCUACUGCGGAAGAACAUAAAUUGGAUGUACCUAGUCUACAACGUUGAAAUCUUUACGCAUAAUGUUCGUAACAGAUGAUCUUUUAAUGCGAAAUGUAAAGGUAUCAGAAGCUACGUCGUUUUGUUACGACGGAGCACGUUUUUCACGUGAUUAGAUAAAACGAUAUUCUUCUUCCUAGUAUUCGUCGCCAUUGGUAUUGUCAGUUAGUGAAGUAUUAUACAUGUCUCUCUCGCAAAUUACGUCUUUUAUACGACCGAACAGACUUUGCUUCAAUUGUCCUGCAGACUAUUUGACGUGGUAUCGUUAUACGGUUGAUUAUUAAUGUAUACAUAGGUAACCCAAAAGUAUGAGACACCAUUUAGAACAUAUAUAUUACUCUCACGAGUACGAAUCGGAAACUGUUUUAUCACUUUAAGUGUAUCAGAGUUCGUUUUUAAGAUUUUCACGAUUGGAAAUAUCUCAGGUGUAAAAACUGAUAAAAGAUGUUUCAAUAUGUUGUUGCAUCAGGAAUGUUCGCGUUCUGAAUGGCCCUACUGUUUUGGGACACCUUGUAUAUAUCUACGUAUAUGUGUAUGUGUGCGUAUAACUUCUAUAAUAUAAUGCACGUCGAUGUUGUUGGACGUAAGUUUUCUAAUGGAGAAAGUUUACUUCCACAGUGGCCCUGUUAUACGGUUGUACCACUAUAAGAACAGUACAGGUUUUGGGGAAGAUGCAUCCUUGUUACAGACACAGAUCUGUCAUUAACCCUUUAAAACAAACAUUAUAUUUCCCAUAUGUUUCAGAAUUUGUUGAACCUUUUUAUACAGCAAAAGUGAUGAUAUCAUUUGAAUGUACAAAAUCUUAGCAUGUACGCAAAUGUACUACUACGACUAUUUUCACUAAGUUCGACUAGUUUAACUAACACGACAUAUAAUUAAGUCACUGGAAUACGAAACAAAUUUGAUGUGCAGGGAGCAGUUUGUUAAAGACGCCUGCGAAGCUUCAGUUCUUAUUCAAUCACGCUGAGGAUUGACAAUAGCAACGUUUUCUUGAUGUGCUUGACUGAAAGAAGAUCGAGAAACUAAUGUUUGACGAAAGAGAAACGUGUUCAUUGAAAUCUGUCUCUUCUUUCUGAAAACAGCGUUUACUUUAUAGUUUCAUUAUAGUAUACAUGUGUGUAUAUCCUGGCGAAAGCAGCGUUCUUUCUGAUCCUUAAUGUGAAUGAAUAGUAUGUGGCAGCAGUAUAGAAUACUAAAGUAGAUGUGGAAAGACGUACUUAAAAUAAUGUAAGUGUUACUCGGAAGUGACAGACAUAUCGUCAUUAUCAUGUUUACAUACGUACAGCGAGUAUAAAGACACAAUCGUAUACAUUUAGUAACACAUAUCCAUGUGUACGUACGUACUCGUAAUAUACGAUUAUGUAAUUUCAAUGAGCAAAUCAUUACUCGUCAAUUUUGUGAGCAAGUUUUAAUCCUAAAAACGUAGAAGCUUUCCUGCGAUCAAAUUUUGCUUAUAAAAACAAUAUUAAGUUUUAUCAAGGAACUAGUUUUCUUCAUCAACAAAGUACAAACAGCAGUAAGAUCCACAUCCUAAUGGUAAAUCAUUAUUCCUAGAGACAGAAAUUAUUUAUGACUCGUCCGAAUGAAAUUUAUGAUCGUUAACGCGAUCAUAAGCAUAACGUGUGCAUCAAUAAUUGUAAAAUUAAAUUUGCACUUUUCGUCUGUAAUGUACGUACGUAUACAAACAGAUCAUACUACAUUGUCUCUUCUAAAAUAGAAAAAUACGUCGCUUAUACCCAUGAGUCACAUCGAAUUGUUUCGAUUUAUAUUGAUCGCAUCUUGCAAAACUAAUACGAUUGAAUAGUAUAUUACAUUCCUUUGUUUUUUAUACAAUAAAUUUCACGUAAAAGGUAACUCUUCAGGAAAUUAAGAAAUUAUUUUCAUAUUUUUUAUGUAAACAAAGGCAUCUCGAUUUAUUUAAUUUCUAUGUUGAAUUUUUCAAUUCCAUUCGAUCUGUUCUCAAGUAUAACGGAUACGCCACCUUAUUUUGGAAAAUUUUGCAAGAUCAUGAAAAGUAUUGAAACGAUUCUAGCAAUGUCAUAUUUACGUUGCAACAGGAAUUUCCGCUAAAUACGAUGCAUCACUGUGGAUUUUACACGAGAUGAAUAACCAAUGUUCGAGUGAUUUCGAAAAUCGAAUAUUUUCUCGCGAGAAUAUUUAUUUUGUUACACGCUAUUGUGAUAUCGGCUUUCAUUUCGAACAAAACACACAACAGCCUUUAAGAGUCUAUUCCGCGUUUUACCAUUAAGGACUUAAUCGUAAUGAUAAACGAAGAGAAUGUAAAUACUAAGUAAAGAAGAUAAUCCGCGUAAAUAAUAUGUAAGACAAAAUGGCUGACAGCUCGAAAUCAAAAUUCAAUAUGUAACGCAUGACACACAUUGAAGACUUGCAGGAGGGUUCACUGUCAAUCUCUGGUCCCCUUUCAAUGUGUGACAGGGCAUAGUAACCCACACCACAAACGUACACUGAUCCUAUGUAUGUAAUGUCAUUGUUAGACUACAAUCUAAACAGCAAAUUAAACCUACGAUCCCGGUGCCUGGAUUUUUUUCAAUUCAACAGUUCAUAAACCUCUAACAGUUCCAACAGAGUCUUCAAAUUCUUAACAAAACAUAAAUAUAUUUGAGAUUUGUCCAGUUUCACUAUUUUACCUUAAGUCUACAUCGUGACAAUUAAUUUUGGGAUAGUUUUCCACACGAAAUAAAACAAUUCAAUGGAAAAAUUUAAGAUCAAAAUUUAAUAGAAAAAUUUCAUGGACCUCUAAUUUUAUGAAGUCUUAAUCGGGUGAUUUAAAACUGUUGGACUUUAUCUACAAGAAUUUUUGAUAAAUAAGGUAUAGGCUAAUAAGUUACAGACGAUUGACGAAAUAUGAAGAAUGUCAUGGGCACGAUUAACAAAAUUGAGCGCUAAUUGUAAGAUAUAAGAGGAAUCUAAUUUCCGAAGUUAGAUUCAGAGGUAAAUUUUAAAAAAUUUGAUAAACAAGGAAAAUGCAAAUAAGUACAAUCAAAUCCAGGCACCGUAAUCUAUGUGAUCAGGGGUUGAAUAGUGGCGCUAUAAUACAAUUUCGUAGACAUGCCGAUAAAUACCCACAUAAAUGCUGGGUACAGGCAUACAUAGAAACCGGAAACAAAGAAAAUUUUGUCGUAGGACAUUUACAAUACCUAAAUCGAGAAAGUACUCAUACCCUAAUGAUAUACAAAAUCGUAAUUUUGACAUAUUUGAAAAUUAACAUUUUAUGAAAAAAGAAAUAUUUUUUUACACGUAUUCUUAGUUGCAAAGUAAUAUAUUCAUAGUCUGUAUUUCAAAUCAAGAGAGAGAUUCACUACAAGGCUUAGGCUAAUUUGCGGUGUUACCAUAAUAUCACUAUUGAUUGUUAUAUUAUUAACUAUAUCUUUAUCAUAGUUUUAGAAUCGUUGUUUUGAAACGAAAUUUAUAAAAUAAACUUCAUAUCAAUUAUAAUUUUCGGGUUAAGACAAAAAUGUUUUCAUAAUAAAUUUACAGAGAAAAACACCAAGCAAACUUUGGAUCGAUAAAGUGAUUGAAAAUGAGAAAACGCUGGUCUCUUCUUUCGAAAUGCAGAUUAUAGUGACAAAAAAAAUUAAUCUUUACGAAAUCACUAUUUCUGGUGGGCUGAGGACAUAUAAAAUACGUGAAAAUUGUAUAUUUUACAGAUUUCUUUAUCAAAACUCAAAGAAUUUAAAAUUUUUGCUCCUUGGAUCACGUUUUGCUCCCAAGAUCAAAAUUUGUCAGUAAGAACAAUUCAUGACGUGUCAAUGUUCAUUGGAAUUAAUCAUACAAAAUCAAGCAAACAAAUCAUCAAAAAAUUUUUUGUCUGCAUCCAGCAAGUCUACACUGAAACAAUUGCUUAUACUGACUGUUUAGGAUAGUGCUUUCGACGUGGAUCUUUUCUAGAUGUUAGUUCGUGACGUAUCACAUUUGAAACAAGCACGACACAAUGAACGACACUACAAUUUAAACAAAGUGCACUUUAUGAUCUAUCAACACUUUCUGAUUUUGUUAUUGGUUAUAAAAAGAUAUUUUAUGCCGUAAUUUUAUUGCGAAUAAAAAUUUGUGUGCCAAUAAAUAAUUCACCAUUUUCGUAAGGUAAUAGCAAUGAUAUAUCUCCCACUUAAAAAUAGUGAAUUAUUUACGGAUACAUUCGAUAUAUUAAAAAAUUCAGAAAUAAUCAAACUUUCGCGAUCGAAUCAAAAACAACGCUAAUCAACAUCUAAAGAUCAAAAUUGAGCGAAAUACAGGAUCAAAUUUCUGUCCAAAAAAAUAUUAAUUCCCUGAUAUCGAUUUAACAUAUUAUAUUUAUAUCAUUAAUGGACUGCGGACAUGUUUGCAAAAGAUUACUAAAAAAUAUCAACUUUUCUUUCUAUAACAUUAUCAAUAGAUACGUGAUUAUAAACAGGAAGUCAAAAUCUUAUUUCUUUUGUUAUGAAACAUUCUGUAUGCAGCAGUAUAUUUUCUCAAAAUUUUUAUCUUACAGAACUUUGAAAUGACAAAAUUUUAUAAAUGCAGAAUUUUCCGCAGUUCGAUUAUUAACAAGACCAAAAUCAACUCAAAGAUUGCUGAAAUCUAUACAAAUUACGAGUUUUUUUUUCCUAUAAGUCGACUGAUCAAGCUCUAUUUACACUAAACUGAGUUCGCACAAUUCGUUGCAGAUUGGUAGAAACGUGUCAAAGAAGGGACUUCAAUUCAUAGACUCCAAACUAUAUAAAGUGCUGAGUGAUGUGAAAUUAGAGUAACACAGGUGAUACCAAUUAGAAAAUUCAGUUUACACAUAUAGAAAUACGUAUGCCUGGUAAUGCUUUGGUAAAAGUGGUAAUCCUUUCUCAAUUUUUUUCCAAUCGAGAACGAUUUGUGCAUGAACUCGGUGCACAAAAAAGAUAUUUAUAAUCACAGUUGAUAUUUUUUAAUACAAACAGUACAUACUUAGACCAAUUAUCGUAUUAUCGUAAGGCAACGCUAAGGUAUAUAAUGUAACAGAAACGUACAUGUAGCGAAUGAGUAAAACUCUACUCAUAUGCAAUGUCUUUGAAUUGAUGAAUAUAAUAUCAAGCGUGCUCGCCUUUUCCAUGAAACUAGGAGAGUGCCAAAUAGAUUUUGAGAGUUUUUACAUUGUGUGCCCGGCGCGAGAUUACUGCGUUCUACAGAGUGCAUAUAUCUGUAAGUGUUUCCAUAAGAUUUUUAUAUAGAGUGUUGUACAGAAUAUUAGGAACUGUCUCGUUUCAUUAGAGCGAUCAUCGUUUGUGUUUCAAGGUUUUAUUGUACAAAAAUAAUACGAAUUAUGUUCAUGUGUGAGAAGAGAUUUCAAUACUCUUGAUUAAAUUAAUCAAUUAAUAAAUCUUGAAUUUACAAUGAUCAUAAAUAGCGUACAAUUUGGUCAAAGUUAAAUAAUAAUUUCUGUGAGAUAUGAAUUCUAGGUUGCCAGAGAAUUAUGAACUGAUCAAAUUGACAGAUACGCAUGAAAUCGAAACGAUACGAUUGCUAUAAUGAGAUAGGGACUAACUAGUGUCUAAGAACAACCAUAAUUAUAAUAAACGUAUACAGGUGUCAGAUACGAGAGAUCUAUCUAAUGUGUUUAAAUGGUGUGUGUAUAUGCUACGCGUAAAAUAGUCGUGACAAUUGUUCUAUUCAAAUGCGUAAUAUAAAUGGUGCUUUGGUUUCUCGAGGAACAUCGUUAGGGUGAACCUUAGAAACACGAUAUUACUCUGUGUAUAAGCAUAAAUUUGAUAACUGUAGAGAAUAUUUCCUAACAGACAGUACAACCUAGUAUAAAGAGCCCCUGUACAAAACAUUGAA